CAAUAGAUAGCUAGCAAGCAAGGAAUCAGCACCAAAAUUAAUCGAAAUAAAUCAAAAAUAAUCACUUCAGUGCAAAAAAUAAACAAAAUUCCGAGUCUAAAAUGACCUCCAGAAGCUGGAAAUUAUCAAAUUCAAGCUAAAACUGUUCUCACAAAGGAAAAUUCCUGCGAGAAAAAAUCAAAACAAUAAAACUCAAGUGAAAGUGAUUUUUUUUUUAAUUUGUUAACUUUAUUUAUCUUAAAAUUAGUUGAACAUAUUUUACGAGGAAACGCAAAGCUUUAACAUGGGAUUAUUAUUUUCAAAGUUGUGGAGUCUCUUCGGGAACGAAGAACACAAAUUAGUGAUGGUUGGCCUGGACAAUGCCGGAAAAACGACAAUUUUGUACCAAUUUCUGAUGAAUGAAGUUGUUCACACAAGUCCCACAAUUGGCUCGAAUGUCGAAGAGAUUGUCUGGAAAAAUCUACACUUUCUAAUUUGGGAUCUGGGCGGACAGAUGAGCUUACGUUCGGCAUGGAGCACAUAUUACACAAACACAGAGUUUAUUAUAAUGGUAAUUGACUCAACAGACAAAGAACGAUUGACUGUGACGCGAGAGGAACUUUAUAAAAUGUUACAACAUGAAGAUUUAUCCAAAGCUAGUUUAUUAGUGUUUGCCAAUAAGCAAGAUUUAAAAGGCUCAAUGAGUGCUGCCGAAAUAUCAAAGCAGUUAGAUCUAACAUCCAUUAAGGAACACCAAUGGCAUAUCCAAUCGUGUUGUGCUUUAACUGGCGAAGGCUUGUAUCAGGGACUAGAAUGGAUCGCACAGCGGAUAAAGAAGAAAUGACACCGAGAAAAUUUUUAAAAGUCGUCACGGAGACGCCUUGAUUCUUCCGAUUGGGAAAAAAUCCAAAAUAUUGUUAGAGUGAUAGUUCAAAUUUUUUGAUUUUAGCAAAAUUUUCAAUUUUUAAACCUCAUAUUUAUAUUUUGAACCCAUUUUUUUUAUUGACUUUUAUCCAACGAAACUCUUUAUUUUUUAUUGCCACGUAUUUUGUUCCAUUGUAAAUAUUUCAAGUUAUCAAGUUAGUUAUUAAAAAAAAUAUUAAGAAAAAAAAACAAAUUUCGCGUAAAAAUAAGGAAAAAUAAAUAAAAUUAAAUCAUCCCGAAAAUAA